UCCCACAGGAGCUGGAGGCCCCGGUUCUUUGAACCCAUCUGCCCAAUUAUAGCUCCACCCCUGCCGGUUUUUUAAAGUGCAUUCAAGGCCAAUUACUUCAUUUUUAGGGAAUCUGAAAGGAAACCCCAAAGUGUGUGUUUCAGAGAAGGGAGCCACGACUGGAAAGGUCCUUAUUCCAUCCCAGCAAUAACUCGGGGUUUUGUUUGUUUGUUGCUUGUUUCUUCCAUACUGGAAGGGGAUCCGCAGAGAGGUGGGUGGGGAGCGUCUCUGCUCUCUGACCCCACCCCCGCGAAGGGUGGGGCGGGCCUGCCCAUGGCUGCCCCGGGGCAGCGGGGCUGAGAGGAGGCGGGCCGUGCCCUGAGAGCGAGGAGGGCAAAGUAGUUCAAGUCGCGGGGCCGCCUCAGUCCGGAACAACACACGGCGCGCAACUCAGCAUGGCCCGGUUCAGAGGCAGCGGCUCCUACCUGUCCUCCUGCUGCUGCUGCUGCUGCUGCUCGUGGGGGCUCUUCCUUCUCUGGGCCGUGGCAGAAACUCGAGCAGAUCUCCACUAUGCAACUCUAUAUUGGGUGAAAGCUGAAAAGAACUUCCAGCUUAAAGAUGUAUUGGACAAGAAUGGUGACAUUUAUGGCUAUUACAAUGACACUGUACAGUCUACCGGUUGGGGAAUUCUUGAAAUCAAAGCAGGCUAUGGAAGACAGUCUGUAAGUAAUGAAGUCCUCAUGUAUGGUGCAGGUAUCUUAGAAGGCUAUCUCACUGCUUCACGUAUGUGUGACCAUGUUGCAAACCUGUAUCCACAGCUGAUUACGAGCGUAGACAUUGAGAAAAAAGUUCAAAAUUUUAUGGGGAAGCAAAACCAGUGGACCAGAGAACAAAUCAAAAACAACAAGGACGACCCCUUCUGGAGACAUGCUGGAUACGUUAUUGCCCAGUUGGAUGGACUGUACAUGGGAGCUAGGGAGUGGUCUAAACGACAGAAAAGAACACCUCUCACUGUCUUUCAAGUUGACUUCUUGAAUGCAAUUGGAGAUCUGCUUGACCUCAUUCCUUCCUUACAUUCACCAGGGGAUGAGUGUGACACUAUGACAGGAGGCUCUCGGAGAUACCAGUGGGAUAUGGGUCAUUGUUCAGCUCUUAUCAAGGUCCUCCCUGGAUAUGAGAACAUCUACUUUGCUCAUUCUAGCUGGUUCACAUAUGCAGCCACACUGAGAAUAUAUAAGCACUGGGACUUCAAGAUUGAUGAUCCACAGACACGCACAGGCCGUGCUUCAUUCAGCAGUUACCCAGGUUUUUUGGAAUCUCUGGAUGAUUUUUACAUACUUGGCAGUGGCUUGAUCAUGUUGCAGACCACAAACACUGUAUUCAACAAUUCUCUUUAUCAGCAAAUAGUACCAGAGAGUCUUUUUGCAUGGCAGCGAGUCCGUAUCGCCAACAUGAUGGCAGACUCUGGAAAGACAUGGGCACAAACAUUUGAAAAGGAAAAUUCUGGUACCUAUAAUAACCAAUACAUGAUCUUGGAUACCAAGAAGAUCAAAUUGCAAAGGAGUCUUGAUGACGGAGCUCUUUACAUUGUUGAACAGAUCCCCAAACUCGUGGAAUAUUCUGAUCAGACAAGUAUUCUCCGGAAAGGAUACUGGCCUUCCUACAACGUCCCUUUUCAUGAAAAUAUCUACAACACGAGUGGAUAUGCAGCUUAUGUUAAAAGUCAUGGCUUAGACUAUUCCUACGAAAUGGCUCCCAGAGCAAAAAUCUUCCGACGGGACCAGGGAAAAGUGACAGACAUGGAAUCCAUGAAGUACAUAAUGAGAUACAACAACUACAGGAAAGACCCAUAUACGAGGAACAAUCCCUGUAAUACCAUUUGCUGCAGAGCAGACCUGAAUCCCAAGUCUCCAAACCCAUCUGGCUGCUAUGACUCUAAGGUAGCAGACCUCAACAUGGCUGCGAAGUUUACAGCCUACGCCAUAAAUGGCCCAACUGUGGAGGAUGGCCUGUCUGCCUUCAGCUGGUCAAAAUUCAACAAGACAAAACACCAAGGCUUGCCAGACUCAUAUAACUUUGAUUUCAUCACUGUGCAGCCAGUGCUGUGAAAUGUUUAUCCAGAUUUUAACAGAGGGGAAAAAUAUGCUCUGGUUACAGUUUUACUGCCAUAUGAAAUAAACUGGCCUGUGCUGUCCUUGAA